GACAGGAUUCACAAAGACAAGUAUCUCUCCGAUGAUGGACCCAGUGUCUCAUCGCGUGGGCGUGGGCGCCACGGCUCGGGUUCUGACAAGAAGCAACGUAGUAAAUCUCGGACGCGCAGUCUUUUCCAUCGCAAAAAGUCUACGGCCGCCGAGGCUUAGACAGGAUUUGCAGUUUCUUGCGUACGCAUGGUACAUUGGUGAAAAACCAGGAUAGCAAGCUAUGUCCUAUUCUACUUAUUAUAUCCACAUUGUCGUUUCUAACAUUAGCAUUUUCUUCUAUUGUUCUAUUGUUCUAUUGUAUUCUCGUCCUUCCGCUUACUGUUUUCUUUGCCUUUUUUUUUUUUUUUUUUUUUUUUUUUUUUUUCAUUUUUUCUCUUCUUUCCUUUUCCCAUUUACUUUCUUUCCUUCUUUUGGAAUCCUUUACCCUUUUCGAUGCAUCUUCUCAAGCUCCAUAGCGACAUGUUGCUCGGAUUGUAUCAUUACCACAGUUGUACUGCCUAGCGCGGUUGCCUUUGACUUUGUCUUGUCUUCCACUCUUUCAACAUUCUUCUUUUUUUCUUUUUCAGUCAUAUGUUUUUCGAGCGGGUCUUGCCAGCUGCUCCAGUCAUGGAAUUGGACGGAAGCCUUUGCUUCCUCCUCUUGGCCUUGUGGGCGUCGAAUUUCUUUCUUGGAUACCCCCUAACUUCUAAUCACUGCGUGAUGUAUUCUAUUCUCUACUUUCGCUCUCUCUCUUCCUUUCCCUUCUUAUUUUUCUUCAAAAUUUCCCAUGUUGCCUUUGUUUGUGGCCUGUCUUCUACAGUUGCAAUAUCGUUGCCGCAUUU